CCUGAGCUUCACCGACCGGGCUCUCCACCGCCUUCUGACAGCCAGCAAUGACCCCUCGUACGAUUCUCGCUUCCGUGCUGCUUCUCGCGUCCAUGGCAUGGGCUUGGGGUGAGACACCGAUCCAGGUCGCACGAAGAGCUCGCUCGCUCCUCUCCUCGCCGUCCAUCUAUGGCGUGGCGAUUCUCUCAAGCACGUACCACGACGACUACGAGCCUGCUUGGCUGCGGGGUAUGGUCAGUAGCGGUGCAGAGUACUUUGCGCCCUGCUAUGACAACGGAGACCUGCUCAUGCUUGCUCUGCCCGUAUCGCAGAACUGGAGAAAUGCACUGACGAGCAAGGGCAAGAAUGCGACGCUGAGCAUCACGUCGAAUGCGGACCCGUCCGUGCCGGAUCCCCGCUUCCACAAGCCGGGCCACGGCGCUUCGUGGGACCCCGAGCGGCCCGCGUGGAGGCGCGGCAUGCCGGGCAAGCAGCGUCUGACGCUCUAUGGCCACAUCGAAGUUCUCACGGUCAAGGAGGAUGACGAGACGUCGGAGCUGGCCAAGUGCUUCGUCGAGCAUCACAAGGACGCAAGCCACUGGACGCCCGGGUCGAGCGACUCGCCGCACUUUGCCGAGUGGACGCGCUUCAACGUCGAUGGGGUCUACCGUGUCGGCGGCUUCGGAGACGAGAGCAGCAUUGGCUGGAUCGACCUGGAUGAUUGGAGGAGAGAAGGAGGCCAUCCCGAGGACGAGCAGCGGGCACCCGUCCAGCCCCUCUCCCGGCCUGGCUCGGCCUCUGUGGAGACACUCUUCACCGAGAAUGGAGAAUCGGCUGCCAAUACGCCGCCUCUGCGCUUCCAAAGACCAUCCCUGUAGCUCUCUUCUUCUUCCACUGUCAUCUUUGAGCCCACGCAUGGCCUUCCUUCCUUCAAUCUCAUACCAUUCGGGCUGUC